AUGGCCGACCCUGUCAGUCUUCCCACUCCGGCCAUGGAGCCCGAGUCGUCAGACUGCAGCUACGUGUCAGACUCGUCUGACCUCUCAGAUCUGAGUUCUCCUCCUGCGUCUCCUCAGACGCCUCCUGGAUUCUAUCCCUCGCCGCCGCCUUCGAAGGACCAGGAGGGCACGCAGGCCGCCGGCCCCAAGUCGCGCGCCCGAGCUGCGAGCGGCGCGGGCGGCCAAGAGCCAGCCAGGAAGAAACGCCGAGUGGGCCCGACGCCGCGCUCAACGCAGCAUCUCGAUCUCUCCGACACCUCAGAGCAGUCCUAUGCCCGCCAACAGGCGCAGAUCGACCUCCUCGUCAAAACUCUCCGCACCCGCCGUAAGAUCGUCGUCAUUGCAGGCGCCGGUAUCUCGACUUCCGCCGGCAUUCCCGAUUUUCGAUCGUCCAAUGGCCUCUUCAAGUCCGUGCAGAAGAAGCACAACCUCAAGUCGUCGGGCAAGCUGCUCUUCGACGCAGCUGUGUACCGCGAUGAAUCGCUGACCGCUUCCUUCCACGAAAUGGUGCGCACUCUCUCCGAGGAGGCGGCGCGCUCAUCUCCCACGGCUUUUCAUCACAUGCUGGCCAGGAUGGCCCAAGACAACCGUCUGGUCCGCCUCUACACGCAGAACAUCGAUUGCAUCGAAACCUCCAUGCCGCCGCUGGCGACUCAGGUCCCCCUGAACCCCAAAGCCCCGUGGCCACGCACGAUCCAGCUGCAUGGCAGUCUCGACAAGAUGGUCUGCCAAAAAUGCCGUCAUCUAGCAGACUUUCGACGGGAAUUGUUUAAUGGGCCCGACGCUCCACUGUGCCCGGCCUGCUCCGAAACAGACGCAGUUCGCACGACCACUGGUCAGCGCAGUCACGGCGUUGGCAAGAUGCGCCCGCGCAUUGUCCUCUACAAUGAACACAAUCCCGAUGAAGAAGCGAUCGCAUCAGUCAUGAAUGCCGAUAUUCGAUCCCGUCCGGACGCCCUGGUGGUCGUCGGAACCAGUCUGAAGAUUCCAGGUGUGCGUCGUCUGGUGAAGAACUUGUGCAAAGUCGUCCGGAGUCGGCGGAAUGGGAUCACCAUGUGGAUUAACAAUGAGCCACCGGUCGGCAAGGAGUUUGAGAAUUGCUGGGAUCUGAUGGUCCAGGGGGAUUGUGAGGAAGUAGCCCGGCUAGUGGGCUUGAAGAGGUGGGAUGACAACUCUCCGGAUGUCUUCGACGAGUGCAAUUCCUCCGAGGUGGAGCGUGUCAAGAAGGAGCAUGGUCCUAUUUCUGUCGUGGUGCAGACACCGAAGAAGGAACAGAAGACGACCAACACGGGCAUCCUGACGCCUUCUUCGAGCCACGACGAGGAGGGAUCGGACAAGCAGCCUAAAGAGCCGCUUCCUAAUCCCGCAAGUAAGGGGACGAGUCUCAAAGAAAUAUUCGCAGCCAGCAAAACAGACAAUUCCAGGAAACCAGGUCCCAAGAAGGGGGCGCAGAGAGCACCCAGAGCCCCCAAGAAAGCUCGGGGCGUCAAGGAGCAGUCAGCCAAAAUUACAACGUUCAGCAAAGUUACCAAGGGGCCCAAAACCGCUGCUGGAGGCGAGAAGGCGUCAAAGUCGGACAAGGACGAUGGCUCCAAACCGAUGCAUCCGCUUCCUCCUGGUGCUGCGCGCAACAACGGCGUCAUCUUUCCCAAUCUUGUUACGAAGCAAGAUUCCGUCUCCGUAUGCGGAGAGCUCUGGCGUAAUCAAGAGACCAUAUCUCCGCCUCGGGCUCCCAAAGGCAUGAGUGAUUUGCUUUGCGAACCUUCCUCAUAG